AGACCUCAAGUUUAGUUUCUUGGGUGACGCACCAUGGCGACAAACGCCGAGGUGAUGCCGCAAGCGCUGCGAUGGGCCGAUGAGCCAACCAGGACGGCUUCAGCUGAGGAGGAGGCGAAGUGUGCCACGAUCCCCUCGACUCCCGCCACCUGCGCGCCGGAGCAGCCCGAGCACCCCGAGGCCUCGGAAGAGGAGGAUGCGAAGGCUUUGCCCUCGGUGGGCUCCCAGCGGCACGGGAGCGGCUGCUUGCCCUGUGCCUGGUUCUGGAAGCCACAGGGCUGCCUCAACGGCGCCGCCUGCCUCCGUUGCCACCUGUGCCCUGCCGGGGAGCUCAAGCGCCGCAAGGGCGAGCAGAAGGCGAAGCGCGCUGCAGCCCGGGCGGAAAGCCCGGACAGCGAUGAGGAGCAAGAAGCACAGAGCGAGUUGCCCUCUGUGGGGUCGCGGCUUCAUGCCACAGGCCAGUGCAAGCCUUGCGCCUGGUUCUGGAAGGCGGAGGGCUGUCGCAACGCGCAGAGCUGCGGGCACUGUCACCUUUGCCCUGCUGGGGAGGCCAAGGCCAGGAAGCAGAAGAAGGUGGCGGCGUUGCGCGCCAAGGAGCCGGAGCCGGAGAUGGUGCCCGUGAUGUACCAAGCCGUCCAGGCGGUGCAAGCGGUCCAGGUGCCCAUGCAGUACCCUACCUUGCUCACACCCUGGUCGAACAUGCAGCAAGCUCACGCCGCGGCCAAGAUGAAUAUGUGUCCGGGCUGCACCUAUUGCUCCAGCAUCCAGCCUUGCACCUUCUUCAUGCCACGGGAGGCCGGGGAGCGGCGCACCGCCCACGAGAUGCGGCCCUUCGCGCCCCCGGUGCCGCCCCCGCAGCAACCGCCCCAGAUGCUGGCGCAGCAGACCCAGCAGGCGCCUCAGCCUCCGCAGCCGACGCUGCCGUCGCGCGGCUCCGCGCUGCAUGCGGAAGGUCAGUGUGCUCCUUGCGCCUGGUUUUGGAAGGCACAAGGUUGUCAUCAUGGCGCGGAAUGCGGCAGGUGCCACCUGUGCCCGGCCUCGGAGAUUAAGCUCCGGCGCAAGGCGAAGGCUAUGGCGAAGGACCAGCUGAAGACGGAGAUGGCGGAGCCGCGCACUUUGCCAAGUCAGCAUCCCGGGUGUGCGCUGGAGAUUUCCGUGUGUCCAUCGGCCGUCAUGCCGGCUGGCGCCUUCGGCAUUCGCAAAGAGGGGGCGUCUUGGCGUAGCGCGCUAUCGAGUUCCGAGCGUCCUACGCACAUGGCCCAGUCGGCAUGAUCCGCAGUGCAGCAGUGGCCCGAGAUUGCACCAGAUAAGCGUGUGUGUGUGUGUGUGUGUGUAAGGCACUCCUCUAUACUUUUUGUGCAGUGGUACCCCACCCAUUCUGUUCACGGAUCCUGCUCUUCAGAACAUUGCUCAAGUCCCAGGGGAAGCGGGGCAGUUUCUGCACAGAAGGAUGUGUGAAAAAGAGUGGGAAAUCAACCGCGGUGCGGAAAGCUGGCCGGCACCGUUUCCAACGUUGGCCUCUGACCAAGGCGAAGCUUCUGCUUGGGGAC